CUGCUGAGCAGAACGCUUAUCAGUAGGAUAGGUUGUACUGCGUUGUGGUUUCGUCUUGUGUUUCGGCCGCGCUCGUGCAGGCAGCUGGGGGUACGGCGGAGUAACGAGAUUUUAACCACCGCUUUAAAAGUUUAUUCGAAGAAGAUGGAGACAGAGCAGGAAGAGGUUGAAUUCACCAACACAGAGACCAACGGUGAGUUGGAUGGAAAACGUCCAGCAGAAGAUAUGGAGGAGGAGCAGGCUUUCAAAAGAUCUAGAAACACAGAUAUGAUGGUAGAACUACGUAUUCUGCUUCAGAGCAAGAAUGCUGGAGCAGUAAUCGGCAAAGGAGGAAAAAAUAUUAAAGCACUUCGGACAGACUACAAUGCCAGUGUUUCAGUCCCAGACAGCAGUGGCCCCGAGCGUAUAUUGAGCAUCAGUGCAGACAUCGAAACAAUUGGUGAAAUACUAAAGAAGAUCAUUCCUACUCUUGAAGAGUACCAACAUUUCAAAGGAAAUGACUUUGAUUGCGAGUUAAGGCUAUUGAUUCAUCAAAGUCUGGCAGGAGGAAUUAUUGGUGUCAAAGGAGCAAAGAUUAAGGAGCUACGAGAGAAUACACAGACCACCAUUAAGCUCUUCCAGGAGUGUUGUCCUCAUUCCACAGAUCGCGUCGUGCUCAUUGGCGGAAAGCCAGACAGAGUCGUUGAGUGCAUCAAAGUUAUUCUAGAUCUGAUAUCGGAGUCUCCUAUUAAGGGGCGUGCACAACCCUAUGACCCCAACUUCUACGAUGAAACUUACGACUACGGUGGUUUCACAAUGAUGUUCGAUGACAGACGAGGACGGCCAAUGGGUUUUCCUAUGCAUGCCAGGGGAGGCUUUGAUCGGAUGCCUCCUGGGCCUGGUGGUCGUCCCAUGCCACAGUCAAGAAGAGAUUACGAUGAUAUGAGCCCAAGGCGAGGACCGCUUCCACCUCCUCCAGGUCGUGGAGGCAGAGGUGGCAGUAGAGCCCGCAAUCUUCCACUACCACCGCCUCCGCCACCUAGAGGAGGGGAUCGUAGAGGAAGGCCUGACCACUAUGAUGGAAUGGGAGGAUCUGGAUAUGGUCGGGGGUCUUAUGGUGACCUUGGUGGACCAGUCAUAACAACACAAGUGACCAUUCCCAAAGAUUUGGCAGGGUCAAUUAUUGGAAAGGGUGGCCAGAGGAUUAAACAAAUACGUCAUGAAUCUGGUGCGUCUAUCAAGAUUGAUGAACCUUUGGAAGGAUCAGAUGACCGGAUCAUUACCAUCAUAGGCACCCAAGACCAGAUCCAAAAUGCACAAUACUUGCUUCAGAACAGUGUGAAGCAGUAUUCUGAAGAUUAUGCUUAUGGGUUUUGACUUCUAAACAUUUGAGAGGCACAUGCUCAAGGUUUCUAAUGCAUAAGUGGAUUCCAAAAUAUUUUGUUUAGAACAGCUACAGUGAAAAAAAUCCGGAAUGCUUUUCUUCCCCUUCCAUUGUUCACGGAGUACAAAUCAAGAUCUCCGAUCUUUUGGAUGCAUUUGUUAAUAGUAACCUGCACAUCUAAGAAUCCAGACCGUGGAGAAUGCCUUCCUCCAAGAAUACUGUACAGAAUUUAUAAAGCUGAAAGGAAUAUACUCUCGUAACGUUCAGGAUCUCUUUCCCCCUCCCCCUGCUAAAUUCACUUAUUCUUCCUUUUGAUUAAACUCCGCGUUAGCUUUACUGUGCAAACCUGAAAUGGGAUAACUUUAUGUGAAACUUUGAGAAGCAGUUAAGUUAAAGUUGUUUUAAACUUUUUUUUUUUUUUUUUUUUUUUGGUGUCCUAAGUAAAGCCUGUUUUCCUUCUGAAAUGUCUAACGUUGGCGGGGAUUGGGGGUUGUUCACUGUAACUGUGCAGAAUGUACACACUGCUGUUUUUAUCACUUUUACAUUGAUUUGUUGUAUCUGAAUUUAGUCAUCUGUGUAGUGUUUGAGAUUUGAACAGCUGUGCUCUCGGUUUUUAUUGGUAUAAUUAAACUUUAAAGAUUUUUUUUUUUUAUCUUUAUUUCUUAGUUGUAGCUAAGCGAACAGCAGAAUUGUUCUCUUCCUCAACACAUGGAAUAGUUAUUGUCCAAUUCUUUAGCAGUUAGUAAUUUCGUGUGCAAAGUUUAAAUAGGGGCUCUAGUUGUGUGCAAAUUUGAUUGUUUUUUUUAAUCCCUGUGUAAUAGAGACUGGAUGCUUGACUUAAGAUGCCACAAACGCUUAGGGAUUCAUUAAGAAUACAUGCAAUAAGAACUGCUUUUUUCACUUGUAGAACACAGGAGUUUAACAGAUGACUUUUGCAGUAAGUGGCCUGCACCAGCGCUGCUUUAACAUUCUCGUUCUUUGCUACACAAUCCAGCCUUUAUGCUUUAAAACUAGACAAAUGAAUGGUGUUCAAACAAAGGUGUCUGAUGAUUCCCCCCCUCUUUCUAGAAAUGUUAAAUGUUUAUUGCUCUUCAGUUCUAAAACGUAAUUGAAUUGAUUAAAUAAAUUUACUUCAAUUUAAGAA